UAAUCAAUUGUUGGGUUUAUCGAAAUACAACAUCUCCUAGGAAUCAAAUCCAAUCCCCGAAUCUUGACUUUAUCUUUAAUUAACAAACCUUGAUUGAUGGAUGAAUCAUAUAUAUUUGUUCUUAUAAUUAGCAACCAUGCUUGCUUCUCGCACUCUACCUCUUAGUACGUGGUUGUUUCAUCCUCCAUUCACAUCGUUUCGCCGCCAUACUUUCCUCCAAUCUCAAAUCUCUUCUAAGUUUACCGUAUCGAACAAAAUGGGCAAAGUUGUCAAUUCAAACACCGAGUCUUCACUUUCAGAAUCAUCGUCAGCGGUUGCAGAUUGUGCUGUUCGCAAAGACAAUGUUAUGGUUGAUGGGCCAUUGGCAGAUACACCUGAUGACAACGAAGGAUUUAUAAUGUUUGGCAGUAUUCGUACAUCGCUGAAUAGAAAGAAUGAGAAGAAGCAUUCAGUACCUUGGUUCCCUGGUUGCACACCAUUUGUUGAUAAACACUCUGAAUUCACGUCUAGUUCUAAUCAUUUAAAAUCAACACCAACAACUACUACUACGAAAUUUUCAAAUUCUAUGUUGACAACCUCCAAUGAUAAAUCGCCUCAAGGUAGUAAUUCCUGGAAGAACAAAUCUGCAUCUGUCAAUAGAACUUAUAAUAGCGCCAGCAAUUCAAACUUUGAUAAUGAAUUGCCUCAAGGUAGUAAUUUUUGGAAGAAGAAACCUGCAUCUGUGAAUAGGCCUUAUAAUAGCCCCAACAAUUCAAACUAUGAUGCAGUUGGUAACAAGUUGGAUGCUUCAGUUGGUUCGCCAAUGUCCAAGCCAUUUGACAUCUGCUUUUCUGGAAGAAGAAAUCCUGCUUUAAUAGGAGCUACAUUGCCGGGAGACAAUGAAAAAAGCUGCAUUGAAAUGCAGGAGGAAAAGAUAAAAGGGGGGAUAUUGAGGCCUGGAAUGGUUCUCUUGAAAAAUUAUAUAACUCUUGAUGAACAGGUGGAAAUAGUGAAAGUUUGUCGAGAACUUGGUCUUGGUCCUGGAGGAUUCUAUCAACCGGGUUAUGCAAAUGGAGCGAAACUUCGAUUGAAGAUGAUGUGUCUUGGUAUGGACUGGAAUCCUCAGUCUUAUAAAUAUGGAAAGAAACGGGUGAUUGAUGGUAGCAAGCCACCGAGUAUUCCCUAUCACUUCAGUCAACUGGUUAUAAGAGCAAUCCAAGAAGCACAUUCUAUAAUUAAAAAGGAAAAUAGAGUAUUCAAAGUGGAGGACGAACUUCCUUCAAUGACUCCUGAUAUAUGCAUUGUCAAUUUUUAUACAAACAAUGGAAAGCUUGGUCUCCAUCAGGAUAACGAUGAAAGCAGAGAAAGUCUCCGAAAAGGGUUGCCUGUUGUGUCCUUCUCUAUUGGCGAUUCAGCAGAAUUUCUUUAUGGGGAUGAGAGGAAUGUAGAGAAGGCAGAUAGUGUAUUGCUAGAAUCAGGAGAUGUGUUGAUAUUUGGUGGUGAAUCUCGACAUGUUUUCCAUGGUGUGUCAUCAGUCUUACCAAAUUCAGCCCCAAAGGAAUUGUUGAGAGAUACUUGUCUUUGUCCUGGUCGCCUCAAUCUUACAUUCAGACAGUAUUAAACUAUUAAUGACCCCUCAUCUGUACUCUGAAGCAAUGCCAUUGUUUUUGUUAUUUACAUGCUUUUAUAGUUAUAGGUUAUUGUCCAAGUGAAUUGUGUAAAGUGAACAUUAAUAGCUUGAAUGUCACUAGUGUUCGUAGUAUUAAAUAUGUAGUUAGCUAGUUGGAUUUAGUUCACUAUUUGAAGUUGUGAUCAACAACGCAGAUUCUUGAUGAGUUAAUUUCCAUGUCAUAUUUGAUCAAAAUUACCUAGGCUUUUGAUGGCUUUCUUCCC